UACAGACAAAAAGAGAAUGGAAAAGCCGUCAAAAAACAUCUUUUCUGCCGCCGUCGCACUUGCCAAGUUCUCCUCCCGCAGGCUCAUUUUCAACCCGGUCGCGAAUCGCUCGCAAAUUCUUGGUAUAUUUAGAUGUUAGUCUAAUAUGCGUCUCUGAAUAUGCCCUUUCAUAAACCUUUUCGGUGAUUGUACUUGUCUGACGACUCGGUUUCAUCUCGUUGAAAAUGGCCUCCGCGGGACCCCCCGGCGCCUCAGUGACUGGGCUAGCCUCUAAGCUCUACGAACAAUGCCUGAACAACUACCCUCCUGACCAACUGUUCUACCAGCAGGACCUGCUGGGUCUGGGUAUAGUCCCUAAGUCGGACCUGGCACUUCUGCUGCAGUGCACACAAUCACUCGUCGAUCAGAAAUUGUUUCGCCUUCUUCAGGGUAAAAAUGACCGAUUGGCUUGGAAAAUCAUCUCACGGGAAGAUGCCGAAAAACUUAAGAACCUGAGCCCGGACGAAAGUUUGGUUUACAACGUGAUUCACUCCACUGGUCGCUCCGGUAUCUGGGUCCGUGCGAUCGGAACUCGAACCGGCCUACACAAGUCCAUUUUAGACCGUUGCCUCAAGUCCUUGGAGGGAAAGAAUUAUAUCAAAAGUGUUCACAAUGUCAAGUUUCCAAGCCGGAAAAUGUACAUGUUGGCUGGCCUGGCCCCUAGCGAGGAUGUUACCGGUGGUGCCUGGUUCACUGACGGAGUACUCGACGAGAACUUCAUCAAUACUGUCGCUGGGUAUAUCGAGUACACGGUUAGCCGGAAGAGCUGGUUUGAAGUUCCAAGUGCGGAUGCGCACCGAAGUAAGCGCAUGAAAACCAGCGAUGGGAGCGCGGCUGUCAAACAGGAAACUGGGCAGAAGACAUUUAUUCCUUUUCCGGCUGGUUAUCGUGGCUAUCCAACCGUCUCGAUGCUCACAGGUGCGGUCAAUGAGAGCGGAAUUACUCCCGUCCGCUUGGGCGAAGAGAGUAUAUCGCAACUACUUGAUAUGCUCUGCUACGACAACAAGCUCGUCGCCUUGAAUAACGGAGAAAUGUACAAGUCGGUUAAGAACCCAGAAGCUGUUAAGCAGUCGCAGGCGCGGAAGCCCGCAGGCGAGGAUAAGGGCAUCGAUGACCGGCUGGUUACAAAUGGCAUGACAGAGACACCUUGUGGUAGCUGCCCGGUGUUUAAACUUUGUGCCCCCGGGGGAGCAGUGAGCCCAGAGAGUUGCGAAUAUUUCGACCCUUGGCUGGAAAAGGCUCUGGGGUUCUAGAUUUUGUGGCCACUCCACCCUCUUAUUCUUUUCUUUUUGUUUAUGUACAAUGAGCGCAAUGGCGCCAGUCAUGUUUGCUUGCAUAGCGAUGGCGUUUCACGAACCUUGGGAUUGGCUACGAUUGAGGCCUAUUGUUUUCUUGUUUGGGGAAUUUAUGGCCUAAAAAGUGCAAUUUGG